GCAGACUGUGCACCUCGGGAUAGCCAGCAGCGCGCCUCAGCAAAGCGCACAUCUGGAGAACGAGCCAGCGGAAAGUUCGCCAGGCUGUCUGCUUUUUUUUGUACAUCUGGAUUGGCAGCGACGGCGGCAAGGUCACACACUUCGGGACACUUUUCAAAAGCCACCGACUUUUCGGAGUGCUUGCUUGGCGAUGAUGCCUUUGUUUUUUCAGGGGAACAUUUGCGCUUUCCUACGGAUAUGCAAUUUUAAACGUGUGUUGCAGUUAAUCGGAGCAGGAGGAAGACGGUGCCUCUUGCAAGUGUAACUAGAGCUCGCUUCGGGCUUCCAGCGCAGUGAAACUCUCCAGGGGAGUCGGGCGAUGCCGAUGCGGUUAGAAGCUCGAGCAGUAGAAGCUUUGCAGCUGCCAAACUGACGGCACUUUCCAAGUUGCGCGGAGGGGAACAGGGAGAUCCUGGCAGCAAAGCACUCAUGGGAAGUUGGAUUUCUAAAUGAAGAAAGGAAGGAAGGGGCUUUGCCUAUUGUUGUAUGUUCUUUUACUAAUGGGAUCUUUGUAUUUUAUGCGUUGAUAUUUUUUGUUCAGGCGCUCUUUUGAGUCUGAAUCUUCGAAAGUUGUCUUUUUCGAGGGAGUUUAAACUGCACUCAGAAGGGGAAGACGGAAUACUAACCCGUUAUCUUUUUUGGUGGCCACCGAUAUCAUUGUGAAAGGGCAUUUUUUUACACUGCCUGUGAUUGUUAUCCUCUCUUCCAUCGAUGAAAUGACCGCCGCGGGAGCCCAGAAGGUGCCCAAGAGUGAGAAGCUGGAUGAGGCUCAGGCGCUGGCCAGAAGCUGCGCGGGGAGACCCGACUUCCUACCGUGUGAUGGACUGUCCAUCUGCGCCACUCAUAGCCAUGGGAAAUGCUUUAAGCUACACUGGUGCUGUCACCUGGGUUGGUGUCACUGUAAAUACGUCUAUCAGCCCAUGACCCCUGUUGGACAGCUGCCAAGCACUUGCGUUCCAGCCAAACCUGUAGAUUUCACCGAUACCAUUGAUCUCUCAUCCUCACUAAUGGAGCGUUUUUUAAAAAUGGCUUCCUUCUUUAAAGCACCAGUCUACCCAGAGUCACCCAAGUACUGCCUCAUCUCAGACCUCUUUAUUGAUGACUAUCAAGUGAAACGAAUUAAUGGGAAGAUGUGUUACGUGCAGAGGCCACCAUCCUUGCCUUCAAUUUCUCCACAGUCCCAGGCUUCGGGCGUCCGACCACCAGCCACUGAUACACCAACUUCUUCUGUGGAAGUGUCCAGCAAAAGAAGCAGCGAACAAGUGACUGUGCCCAAAAUGGACCACUGUUCCUCCCCCUCCAGCUCUGAGGAUUCAGGCAUCAAUGCCUUGGGUUUGCAUUACCUGGAAUCUUGUGAGGACGAUUCUGAGGAUGAAGAUGACCUGAGUUCUGAUGAAGACUCAAGUCCAGGAAGUAUAUGGGACCAGGAAGACUGUUCAGUCCUUUCACCUUCGAAAUCAACUGUGGAAAUCAUUGAAAAGAUUGAAACAACUGUGUGAUUGACGACAAGCAGAAUGGCUCAUUAAAGUGCUGAGUUUUUUUUAGCAAAAUGUGGCACAUGUGACAGGCAGUCACUGUGCUGCCAGGGUCGGCCUUUGUGCUGUGACAGUAUUUUUUUUUAGCUUUCCAGUUUAGAUGUUCCAGACUGGGGACACAUUAACCUGGGCAUUUUUUGCUGAUAUUUGCAAUUCAUUAUUUCACGCAUGGUAUGUUCUCACUGCAUGUCGUUUCCUAUAUCACUCUACCAUUAUAUCAAACCAAAUGUUAUGUCUUAUUGUAACUACUAUGAUAAAGUCAUUAACACAC